AGAAGUUUAUUUAUUUCCCCCCAAAAACAGCUGGAGCUUUCAGCAAAAAUAUAAAUAAAAAAUAUAUUGAAGUGAUAAAGAAACAUAAAUUGCAAACAUAUUAAACAAUUGAGCAAAAAUAUAUUAUUUUUAAAAAUGAGUGAAAGCUCGGUGGAAGUGUUGGGGACCGUGGAGCAGUCAUCUAUAGUAAAUGAGCUAAAAGAUGAAUAUGUAGUAGCCAAAGAGGACAACCAAGAUCCUCCCCGUGUAACUAAUACAGAAGAAAAAUCAACUGUGCUAGAAGACGAAGUGGAGAAAACCCAAGCGUCUGCUUCUUUAGAAUCGAAAAUUGAACAUCUACAAGAAGACACGGAUCCCCUAAGAGAAACAAAACAAACUUUACAAUCCAAAACAGAUAAAGUAACUAAAAAUAUGGCUAAAGAAAUUGUAAUUAAACACUCAUUAAAAUCAAACAAAGAUGAAGAGGAAUCACAAUCCACUUCCUCACCUUUAGACACACAAAUUAAACAGGCACAAUGUUGUAGAACUGAAGUCGAAUCAGAAAAUAUUGCUGAGACAUUAGAAACAAAAACCUCCAAUGAACAAGAAAAUUCUAACACAACGCCCACUACAGGAAAAUGUGUUAGUAAAACUACGAAUGAAGAUUGUAAAGAAAAUCCCAAGGAUGAAUAUGCCGAGCAUGUUACAUACGCAGAGGAUGGCACUGCUAUUUAUACCGACCCAAAAACUAAUUAUCGUUAUAAAUGGUGUACCAAAGAAAAUAACUGGAUACCACACGAUACAACUACCUCCACAAAUCCAUAUGAAAAUGAGCAUUAUAAAUGGUGCAAUGAAACUCAGAAAUGGAUACCUAAACAGACACAAGUAACCGAAACUGAACAUUACAAAUGGGAUGCAGAAAAAAAUCAGUGGGUGGCAAAAGUUAAAGAAGCUGUUGCCACUACAGAUCAAACGAAUCCUGCUGAAAUUGUGUAUGACAUUGAUGAAAAUGGUCAACGUACUUAUACCGACAAAGAUGGUACCGUUUUCUUUUGGGAUGUCGAAAAGAAUGCCUGGUUUCCCAAAAUCGAUGAUGAUUUUAUGGCUCGCUAUCAAAUGAGUUACGGAUUCAUUGAUAAUACUAGUGAAAGUGAAAGGGAGAAAGAAAAACUUGAGCUAGAAGCUGCAGUGCAAAAAGAAAAAGAAUUGGCCAGAAUGGUAGAGGAAGCCAAGGCAAACGAAGAGGCCUCAAAAGAGGCUGCCAAACAAGGUGUCAAGCGUAAACAACCACAAGAACCACCCAAAUGGUUUGAUAUAGAUCCUGCUCAAAAUACAAAAGUUUAUGUAUCCAAUUUACCUUUGGAUAUAACAUUAGAUGAAUUUGCUGAAGUCAUGAGUAAAUGUGGCAUGAUAAUGCGUGAUCCUCAGACUCAAAAAUAUAAAUUAAAAUUGUAUACCGAAUCAGAUGGUCAAAUCAAAGGAGAUGGUUUAUGUGAUUAUAUUAAGGUCGAAUCAGUUGACUUGGCUUUGAAUAUUCUAGACGAGUAUGAUCUUCGAGGCAAUAAGAUACGAGUGCAAAGAGCACAAUUUCAAAUGAGAGGCGAAUACAAUCCGGCAUUAAAGCCCAAACGAAAAAAGAAGGACAAAGAGAAAUUGGCUAAAAUCAAGGAAAAACUUUUUGAUUGGCGUCCAGAAAAAAUGCGCGGCGAAAGAUCUAAACAUGAAAAAACAGUCAUUAUCAAAAAUCUAUUCCAUCCGGAAUUAUUCGAAAAGGAAGUACAAUUGAUACUGGAUUAUCAAAAUGAUUUGAGAGAGGAGUGCAGCAAAUGUGGCACAGUACGCAAAGUUGUAAUAUAUGAUCGGCACUCGGAAGGUGUAGCUCAAGUUAAUAUGUCUUCCCCAGAAGAAGCCGACCUGGUGAUACAAAUGAUGCAUGGUCGAUUUUUUGGUAAACGCCAAUUAACAGCUGAACAUUGGGAUGGCAAAACAAAAUACAAGGUCGAAGAAACCGAAGAGGAAAUACAGAAACGUUUAAAUAAAUGGGAUCAAUAUUUGGAAACAGAAGAGAAUAAAAAAACGAAUUUGCAGCAGGAACAAAAUAAUGAAGUAGAAAAAACUGAAUCGCAAGAUUCUGUACGGCAGCCUCAUAGUGAAACUUUUAAAGGCGAACAGUUGCUAGAACACGCAGAGACGUCUAAUACUGACGAAACACAAAAAGAUGUAACCACUAUCGCUGCGAUCUCAACGAAAAUCUAAACUAAAGUUAAAAAACCUGUAGACAGGUUUAUAGAGCAACUUGAGAUUUUAAAUUGAAUAAAUAAAAUAGCACGAAAUUCUAUACAAAAA